AUGGCCCCCUUCAACGUCGAAGAACUCACAGUCUCAUCAUUCCACACAGCCCUCCGACAGGGCGACACAACCUGCGCCGACGUCCUAACCACAUACCUAACCCGUAUAACAACCCACGACCCCACACUAAAAGCACUCAUAAUCACCAAUCCAUCCGCAAAAGCAACAGCUACAGAAAAAGACCAAGAAACAAAACAAUUACUGAAAAAUGGCAUCCCCUUCCCACCUCUCCAUGGAGUCCCCAUCCUCCUAAAAGAUAACUACACAACAUCCGACCUACCCACAUCAGCAGGAUGUAAGGCCCUACAAUCCCUCACCACAAAGUUUGACAGCGAAGUCGUCUCACGACUUCGUAAUGCAGGCGCAAUUAUUAUUGGAAAGACCAAUUUGCACGAAUUCGCUCUUCAUGGAACUACUACCUCUUCAUUGGGUGGUCAGACUGUGAAUCCGUACGAUAAAUCACGUACACCGGGUGGUUCAUCUGGCGGAACAGCAGCUGGUAUAGCGGCAAACUUUGCCCUAUUAGGUUGUGGAACUGAUACUAUGAAUUCGUGUCGGAGCCCUGCUUCUGCGUGUGGGGUUGUGGGCUUUCGACCUUCAAAGGGUAUCGUGCCUGUUAGUGGUAUUGUGCCCGUUUCCAGUACGCAGGAUGUUGCGGGACCCAUCGGGAGAUCUGUUGAAGAUGUAAUGGUUCUUUAUGAUGUUAUGAGGGGGUUGGAUGUUUUUGCAUCUAGGGAUUGUGGGAGUGGACUUUCGGGAUGUCUUACGGGGCAGGGGGUUAGGAUUGGGGUGUUAGAGUGGUAUUUUGGGUUCGAGGAUGCGGGUUCUGCUACCUUAGAGGGAGAUGGAGAUCGGAUUCGUGAUGAGAAUCGUAUUGUCAAGGGAAUUAUUCGUGAUGCAUUGGUUUCUGUUCAGGAUGAGUUAGAUGCGACACUUGUUCCGAGACUGGGAAUUGGGGGGGAUCUAUUGAAGAAUGCGGAUACGCAACCGUUUGAGUUUCGGACGUGUCUUGAUACUUUCUUGAGUUCUCAGGAUGUUGACUCGAAGUAUCGGUCUUUGAAAUCUAUUGUUGAUGCUGGGGAAUAUCAUCGUGAGGCCGUUACUGAUGUUUUUACGGCUGGUCUUGAGAAUCCGAAGGUCUUUUGUACUGGGAGUGAGGAGUAUGCUGCUCGUUUGCUGGUUAUUGAGGCACUGAAGGAAUCUGUUAAGGAGAUUUUUGAGAAUUAUCAUCUUGAUGCGUUGGUUUAUCCUCAUCAGCGACAGUUACCUGUUAAGGUUGGGGUGACGCGGCAGCCGAAUCGGAAUGGGAUUUUGGCUGCUGUCACUGGGAGUCCGGCUAUUUGUAUUCCAGCGGGUUUUACUGAACCUACUUCUGAGGCUCCGUUGGGUGUUCCUGUUGGGCUUGAGUUGAUGGGGGAGAAUGAGGAGGAUGAUGAUUUGUUAUAUCUUGCGAGAGGGAUUGAAAAGGUUCUUUCAGCUAGGAAGGCGCCGAUUUUGAGUUAG